AUGCGCUUCGAGUGUGAUUACCCAAACUGCAACCGCUCGUAUCUCCGGAAAGAACACCUUUCAAGACACCAGCGCAACCACGCCAACCUUCGAUCCUUCGCCUGCGCUGCAUGUCCAGCCACCUUCAACCGCAGCGAUCUUUUGCACCGCCAUGAGGCCCUUAAUCACGGGCAGCCUGCCGACCGGGUCGACCCGGUAGUGGCCGAGGGGAGCAGCGGGGCCGUGACGCUCAGCGGCCCGUCGAGCAUCCUCCCCAAGAUCAAGGAAUCAGCCGGACCGACAUAUCUUGACUUGUCGGCAAAGUCACGAAGCGAGCUGCUCGAUGACCCCGAUCGGGUCGAGCUGCAGAACCUCUAUUUCACCAAGUUCCACACAGACUGGCCCAUACUCGAUAAGGAAGACUUCUACCACACCCCGCAACCACCAUCACUCGUGCUAUCAGUCCUGGUUGUGGGUAUGUAUAUGAAAGGCACGCCUGAAGCCAAGGCUAUGGCGCUCAAGUACCACCAAGUGCUCAUCAAGAGCGCCCUUCACUUCUUCAACAUAAUCAUGCCCCUCGUGCCGACGCCCGCCCCGCGGCUGGAUCUCCUGCCCGAGAUCCAAGUCCUGAUGCUUCCCGUCAUACUAGCACUGUACUGCUACAGUGACGGGCCCUAUCUUCUCCAGGUGCUCAUGUGCAACAAGCAUCUCUUUACGCUCCUUGAGAAUAUGGGUGUGUUUGAUCAACGCCGGAUCGAUGCCGAGGUGUCGAGCGAGACGCAUCGAGAGCAGUUGGCACUCAUGCAACUGAAGCUGUAUCUCCACGUGAACACGCUCAUCAUCGAACGCAACGCACAGUUCACGCUCAACAGCCUGCUGAGCCCUGCCAAGGUCAACGUUCGGGUACCGGUGCUGGGGCGCACCAAGCCCAGGGACGCAGGCGGCGCCGGACAUAUCUGA